AUGAUGACGAUGAUGGUGAUGUCGACAUCAACGUCGCUGUCGAAUCAUCCAACGAAUGAGGCCAAGAAUUCGAAUAAGUCGAAAUACACUUUGAUGUCUGAUGAAAGUGAAGACAGCAUCAGAGGACCACUAGGAAAAUCGGCCAUUGGACGGAUCCUCACUGCGGAAGACAAAGACUCCUCGUUUUUGGUUUUAAUGAAGCCAAUUAUUCAAGACAGUACUUUCGAUACAGGAUCGGAUCCCGGUUGCCUCAUAUCAGAAAGGGCUAUUGUGACAUUCUACCAAACUCUGGAUCCUGCUUCCUGGUCUUUUGUGGGUGAUGUGGUUGGGGUAAAUGCAACAGCUGGCAAACUGAAGAGUGCAAGUGAAUCAGAUGUGCAAGUUCGUUAUACCAAUAACAGCAACAUCAACAAGUUUGUUGGAUACACCAAUGAAAAUACUGCAGAUGUCAACUCAGUUUUAAAAAAUCCCUUGGCAAUUGUCACUGUGACUGAUCCCUUCAUCAUUGGGGAUGCUGUCAAGCCCAUCCGGGUGUCCAUUAAUGGGCCAAGUCUGGUGGGUAUGGAAGUUCAAGGAUUGUAUUCUCAGGCUGUCUCUACAGUGACAUCUGAGAUUGAGGCCCAGCAAAUAAACAUCACUCUGACUGGAACAGCAUGUCCAUCAAGCAUCAGUGGAUUUCAGGGCACUUUGGACCCAGCUGCAGUCUCAUGUCUGAGGGCUGGUCCAGACGUGUCUACUAACGGCUGUUUAUCGGCGAGUUUGAGUUCGGGAUCAGCCAUAGUGGUGCGCGGGACAAACGGUGGCAAUUACUUGGUCGCCCUUGCCAGAAAUUACAAUUGUGACUUUUCAACGAAAAGCACAACUAUUAUCGGUUCCUCAUUUGCCUACGCAAGCCACAAGGAUCAAGUUUGUGGCCUGCCUGGUGUGGUGUGUGAGGAUGCAUUCCCAACAACCACCACCAGCACCAGCACCACCACCACCAGCACCACCACCACUGCCGCCGCAACCAACAAAUCCACUGGAGAAAUCUUCGAGUUCGUCUGA